AUGCCCAACAGCAGCUCCAUCAGCCACUUCCUCCUGCUGGCAUUGGCAGACACGCGGCAGCUGCAGCUCCUGCACUUCUGCCUCUUGCUGGGCAUCUCCCUGGCUGCCCUCCUGGGCAACGGCCUCAUCAUCAGCGCUGUAGCCUGCGGCCACCACCUGCACACGCCCAUGUUCUUCUUCCUGCUCAACCUGGCCCUCACUGACCUGGGCCUCAUCUAUACCAUUGUCCCCAAAGCCAUGCACAAUUCCCUCUGGGACACCACCACCAUCUCCUACACAGGAUGUGCUGCACAGGUUUUUCUUACUGUAUUUUUCAUUUCAGCAGAGUAUUUCCUCCUGACCAUCAUGUGCUACGACCGCUACGUGUCCAUCUGCAAACCCCUGCACUACGGGACACUCCUGGGCAGCAGAGCUUGUGCCCACAUGGCAGCAGCUGCCUGGGCCAGUGCCUUUCUCAAUUCUCUCAUGCACACAGCCAAUACAUUUUCCCUGCCCCUGUGCCAUGGCAAUGCCCUGGGCCAGUUCUUCUGUGAAAUCCCACAGAUCCUCAAGCUCUCCUGCUCCAAAUCCUAUCUCAGGGAAUUUGGGCUCAUUGCAUUUAGUGCCUGUUUGGUAUGUGGCUGUUUGGCAUUCAUUUUUUUCUCCUACGUGCAGAUCUUCAGGGCUGUGCUGAGGAUCCCCUCUGAGCAGGGACGGCACAAAGCCUUUUCCACCUGCCUCCCUCACCUGGCUGUGGUUUCCCUGUUUGUCAGCGCUGUUAUCUUUGCUCACCUGAAGCCCCUAUCCAUCUCCUCCCCAUCCCUGGAUCUGUCAGUCUCUGUUUUGUACUCUGUGGUGUCUCCAGGCCUGAACCCCCUCAUCUACAGCCUGAGGAACCAGGAGCUCAAGGGUACCCUGAGGAAAAUAAUGACUGUAUCUUUUCAGAAGCAAUAAACUCUUUUUUUUUCUGCUCAGAACUUUCUGAAUGUAAAUCUUUACAGUCUUGGCCUUUUUUUCCUAUUUGUCUCUUUUGU